AUGUCAAGCAAACAGCAAUGGGCUAAUUCUGCUAUUCAAAGUGAUUCAAGUGGAAGAUCACUCAGCAAUGUCAACAGACUUGUUGGAGAGCAACAAUCCAUUAACGAUCGUGCAUUAUCAUUAUUGCAAAGGACAAGAGCAAGAAAGAAUCUAUUUCCAAGAAGAGAAGAAAGGAGACGAUAUGAGAACCCAAAGGAUGACGUAGAUUUUGAAACUGACUAUGAUGGCCAAGCAGAUGAUUUGGAGAUAGAAACUGAGAACGAAGAAGAAACUGAAGUGGCUACUGAAGUAUCAACGUCCGCGCGAACACAUUCGUAUGCCUUGGACAGAUACGUUAGACAGAAAAGAAGAGAAAAGCAAAGGAAACAGGGCUUAAAGCGUAUUGAAAAGAAGUACAGUCCAAGUGAAUUAGCUCUAUACGAAAUUCGAAAGUACCAACGUUCCACGGAUUUAUUGAUUUCCAAAAUUCCUUUUGCAAGGCUUGUAAAAGAAGUUACGGAUGAGUUCACGACUAAGGAUCAAGAUUUACGCUGGCAGUCAAUGGCGAUCAUGGCACUACAAGAAGCAAGUGAAGCCUAUUUGGUGGGUCUAUUGGAGCAUACCAACCUUUUGGCAUUGCACGCGAAAAGGAUAACUAUAAUGAAGAAGGACAUGCAACUAGCAAGGAGAAUCAGAGGACAAUUCAUUUAA